GGUAGCAAAUCAGAGACAGAGAGGAACGUGAUGUGUAACCCGGCAACAACUCUUUUAAUGCCAGUUUCGCCCCCCGCGUUCAACCCGAUCCGAACUGCACAUUCAGAACCUGAAGCAUAUUUAUUCCUCCGCCCAUAUUCAAUCAACGAUUAGGAAUACAGCGGACGUAGACAAGCUCUCCUGUUCUGAUUUCCCUCAAACGCGUCUCGUCAUUUUCCGACGAGAUCUCAAAUCCUCCGUCGGAAAAUCCUGAUCCGAUCCGAUCCUAGCGGUUCGAGAAGCUACUCCCGUUGAUCAGAUUGAUGGCUCCGGUUUCCGCCCUCGCUAAGUACAAGCUCGUCUUCUUAGGAGACCAGUCUGUCGGCAAAACCAGUAUCAUCACUCGCUUUAUGUACGACAAGUUCGAUAACACAUACCAGGCAACAAUUGGCAUUGAUUUCCUGUCAAAGACAAUGUACCUUGAAGAUCGUACAGUAAGACUGCAGCUUUGGGAUACUGCAGGGCAAGAGAGAUUUAGGAGUCUUAUACCAAGCUACAUCAGGGACUCAUCUGUUGCUGUUAUUGUGUAUGAUGUUGCAAGUAGGCAGUCCUUCCUUAAUACUGCAAAGUGGAUUGAGGAGGUUCGAACUGAGCGUGGGAGUGAUGUUAUCAUUGUUCUUGUUGGGAAUAAAACUGACCUUGUUGAAAAAAGGCAAGUUUCAAUAGAGGAGGGAGAAGCUAAAUCGCGGGAACUAAAUGUCAUGUUUAUUGAAACCAGUGCAAAGGCUGGCUUCAAUAUAAAGCCACUAUUUAGGAAAAUUGCUGCAGCCUUGCCAGGAAUGGAGACAUUAUCGUCAGCUAAGCAAGACGACAUGGUUGAUGUGAACCUCAAGUCAAGCAGUACAAAUCCUGCACAGUCACAACAGUCAGGAGGAUGUGCCUGUUAACAACAUGUUUGAACAUCUCAAUCCCGUGUCUGGAUCUUACAUGCUGCCUUUGAACCUAAAGCGGAUCUGUAAAGCCUGUCCUUGAUUGCAUUUGAGUCCUAGCCAUUGUUGAUCUAUCAGAAAGUGUUGAACAUAUAGUAGAUUACCAUUAUAGUUUACUUGCGAGUCAUUUCUAUAUCAGUUAUAGACCUAUGCCACCCCUUUUGGUCAAAAUUUGUAUGGAUUUUUGCAGUUUUGUAUAACAAAAAGCAGUUUUAUUAGAUUUCAAGGAUUAGCAGUCAGCUGCAGUUUGACAGAGCAA